UCGGUUACGACGACGAGGUGUUAAGUUUCUGCGUAAAGGAUAACUUGACCAGGUGGAGUCCCCAAUUACUUGGACUGACUCUUCUUCAACAGCCUGUCCACAAUGGCGGAAAAGGCUACACUCGCUUACCUACAAGGGGCCACUCUCAAGACCUUAGGUGAUGACCCUAAGGAGUUUGGGGCUGGAGAACUCUGGAAGAAUAACGGAGCUAUCAUCAUGGUGGUCCGUCGUCCAGGAUGAUCCAUGUGCAGAGAGGAAGCGCAAGCGCUGUCCUCUCUGGUGCCUUACUUUGAUGAACAUGGCUUUAACCUUUAUGCCGUUGUACACGAAGUGAUGGGCACCGAAGAAUUCAAAUCUUUUUUUUCCGGGGAAAUAUUUUUGGACGUUGAAAAAACAUUUUAUGGUCCUAAGAAACGUUGGGCAUCUUUUGCAGCACUUCUAAACCCUUUAGUAUGGAUGAAUUUAUGUAGAGCGAAAAAGAAAGGCGUAAGUGGUAACACAUCUGGAGAAGGGAGACUUUUAGGGGGAGUUUUCGUAAUUGGUCCGGCAGAAGCGGGGAUUUUGCUGGAUCAUCGAGAAAACAAGUUCGGAGACCACGUCAAGGCGGAGCUGAUCAAGUCUGUCGUGGCACAGUUCAGGGGAACAGAUAAAGACAAAGGCGGAGAAGGUACAGCAGUUGUGGAGAGUGCCGUCGAUGAACCGAAGAGUGCAUUUGGGGGCUUCUCUGACAUCACCCGUGGCGUGACCGACUCGCUGCAAGAUACAGCAUCUGGUGCAACGAGUAUGGCCAGCCAAGUGCAACAGAACGUCACGAGCGGAAUUGAGGACGCAAAGCAGAGCGCCACUGACGAGAUUGAUCGUGCCAAGUCAGGCGUGGCAGAAACUGCGAGCGAAAUGCAGCAGGACGUAGAGAGCACGGUCGCUGAAGGGAAAAAGAGCUUAGCAAGCGGUUUCGCUGAUGCACGGAAAUCAGCAACAGAUAGUUACAGCGGCGUGACUAGUUCAAUUGGUGAUGCACAGAAAAGUGCAGUGUCAGGAUUCAAUGAAGCGAAGCAAUCUGCAGUAAAAGGAUAUGGAGACGCUCGUAGCGGAGUCACAAGUACCAUCAGUGGUGCACAAGAAAGUGCAGUAUCCGGUUUCAAUGAAGCGAAGCAGUCUGCGACUCAAGGACUCGGAGAUAUUCGCAGCGGCGUAACAAGCACCAUCUCGGAUACACAGAAAAGUGCGGUCACCGGAUUCAAUGAAGCGAGACAAUCUGCUGUCAAAGGAGCCAGUGAUAUUCGCAGCGGUGUAACCAGCACCGUGUCUGAUGCACAGAAAAGUGCAGUAACAGGAUUCAAUGAAGCGAAGCAAUCUGCUGUCAAAGGAGUCGGAGAUAUCCGCAGCGGCGUAACCAGUACAGUCUCUGAUGCACAGAAAAGUGCAGUCACUGGAUUCAAUGAAGCGAAGCAAUCUGCUGUCAAAGGAGUUGGAGAUAUUCGCAGCGGCGUAACCAGUACAGUCUCUGAUGCACAGAAAAGCGCAGUCACCGGAUUCAACGAAGCAAAGCAAUCUGCGGUGCAAGGAGCCAGUGAUAUUCGCCGAGGUGUGAGCAGCACUGUGAGCGAUGCACAAAAGAGUGCAACAUCUUCAUUCAAUGAAGCAAAACAAUCGGCUGUCCAAGGGGCCGGAGAUAUUCGUAGCAGCGUUACAGGUGCGAUUAGCGAAACACAAAAAAGUGCAGCAUCUGGACUCGAUGAUGCAAAGCAGUCAGCGAUGCAAGGGUACAGUGACAUUCGUAGCGGAAUAAGCAGCACCGCCAGUGAUGCACAGAAAAGUGCAGUCACAGGAUUCAAUGAGGCACGAAAAUCUGCAACUGAUAGCAUUGGUGACAUUCGCAGUGGUGUGACCAGCUCGGUAAGCAGUGCACAGAAGAAUGUAGUAUCUGGAAUCAAUGAUGCCAAACAAUCUGCAUCCCAGGGCCUUGGUGACAUGCAGCAAAAGGUGACAGCCUCUGUUGCUGAUGUGCAACGGAGCAGCGCAUCUAGUUUUUCGUCAGCCAAGCAAGGCCUCACCUCCGGUGUUUCCAGUGCAAAGGGCAGCUUCAACACUGCCAAGGAUGAUGCGGCGAGCACUUUCUACGAUGCCAAGCAGUCUCUCGAUGACAGCGUGUCGUCAUCCAAGCAAGCAGUCUGCGAGAGUGCAAACACCGUUCGUUCAGACGCAGAUGCUGCAAAGAACCAACUAGCAAGCAGCGUCCAGUCGGCAAAGGAUCUCGGUUCAGAAACUGCAGACAAGGCGAAACAGACCACGACCACAGAGGCAGCCGGUCUUAAGGGCACUCUAGACAAGUUCACCAAGGACCUGCCUGGCAAGGAAGAUUUCCAAGAGGCCCUGGACAUGGCUAAAGAGGUCGGCAAAGAGGAAAUAAAGGAUGUUAUUGAACAAGUAAAAACCACAGCCGGGACUGCAGUAUCGGAUUAUACGACGCAGUUCACCGAUAAACUUGGUUCCUGGAGUUAAACAGACCGUGACGAUGGCAAUAAAGACAUCGUCAGUGGAAGCUGUUGAUCGGAUUAUAUCACCAUCGUCACCAUCAGCAGCAAACACACUCACACACACACACGCAUAUAGAUAUACAAGCACAUACACACAUGCAUACAUAC